CAGUUCCUUGACGACCCACCUGCCCUUGUCUGCACUGACGUUGAUGUGUAUUAGUUGCCCCGUCCUUGUGGUGUAUUUUUGUCCCACCCAGGAGAGCACUCCGAGAAAAGAGCUUGUCUCAGAAGAGCGUGAGGAGGAGAUGACGGAAGCAGAGGUAGGCUCCAAUGAGGGCCCGUCAGAGGCAACGGAGGACCUAGAACCCCUGGAACCAGACAACGGAGGUACUUUCCAACAAGUCACAAACCUCCUCAACAUCAUGGACAGCGGGUUGGCGAAGACGGACACUGCCAGGGGGGCAGGUCCUGACAUGCGGAAGACUCUGGCCUCGGUGAUAAUCACGGAGAAGGCCGCCUCCGAGCCCUCGGCGGUGAUGAACGCUCUCAUCCGUUGCCUGCAGGUGCCUGAGAUUUCCACCCAGCGCAAAGUGAACAUUUACAACAUCCUCCAGGAGAUCAUCCAGCAGGAGGGGGAGCUGGAGGAGCAGGGCGUCCAGAGGCUGGUCGCCAUCGCCUCCAAGGAGAUGAGGGAGAACCUGGAGACAGAGGACUACGUGACGGCAGAGGUGGCCAGUGACACGCUGGUGGCUCUGUCCCGAAACCACUUCAGCUUGGUCAUGUACGACAUGCAGCACCACCUCAAGCCCCUCAGCCUCACGGACGAGUUUGUCAUCAUCACCUUGGCCAAGCUGGCCAAUGGCAAUGUGUUUGAGUUCAUGCCGUACAUGGGCAUCACGCUGGCCACCAUUUUCACGAUGCUGAGACUCGCCAACGAAGCCAAGAUACGCCUGGCGAUUUGCAGCGCCAUGGAGACCUUCUGUGAGACGGUGCAGUUCUACCUGAAGCAUCUAGAGGACAGUGUGUACCCCGUGAUGACGGAAGAUCAGUUUGCCGUGAAGCUGUUCCCGAUGUAUCGCUAUUUCGUGACUGUGUGGCUCAGGGACCACAACCCUGAGGUCUUGAGGCAGAUCCUGGAAAUGUCGGUCACCACCAGCACCCCUGUCCCGCAAAUGCAACUACACACCAUUUUCACGGAGCUGCACGUCCAGGUGUGUGCCAAGGCCCCAGCCCAGCAGCAGUAUAGCAGCCAAAACCUGGCGGAGAUCGUGCACUGCUUCAUAGCCCUCGCCCGGUCCUACCCCAAGGAGCUGAUGAAGUUCUUCCUCGGUCAGAUGGAAAUAAGCAAGGAGGCCAUCCGCGUGGGGACAUUGACCCUGAUUAGGGCAGUGGUCUUGAGGCAGAUCCUGGAAAUGUCGGUCACCACCAGCACCCCCGUCCCACAAAUGCAACUACACACCAUUUUCACGGAGCUGCACAUCCAGGUGUGUGCCAAGGCCCCAGCCCAGCAGCAGUAUAGCAGCCAAAACCUGGCGGAGAUCGUGCACUGCUUCAUAGCCCUCGCCCGGUCCUACCCCAAGGAGCUGAUGAAGUUCUUCCUCGGUCAGAUGGAAAUAAGCAAGGAGGCCAUCCGCGUCGGGACGUUGACCCUGAUUAGGGCAGUGGUGAGCGCGGAUGAUCCCAGGAUGGAUGCCAGGACCAUCUGCCUGGCCACCCGGGUGGUCAAGAGCACCCUCUCUGACAGCCGCUUCAAGGUGAGGAUGGCUAUUCUCCGCAUUAUCGGCCAGUUGGUGCUGUCUGGCCACCAGGACAGGAUCAAAGGCUGGGGCCUGAAGUAUGUGUCUGUGCAGCUGACUCUCUCUGCCUACAAACUGACCAGUCGCCGAGAGAGCUUUUAUCAGAGGGACCUGGAGGAGAAGAUGGUCCACAAAGUCACCAUGGACACCGUGAGGAUCAUAACCUCUUCCGUCAGUGGGAUGACCAAUGAGUUCUGGCUGCAGCUCCUGUGCCACAUCAUGGAGACAGAUUACACUGAGGCCUUGACCCCCAUCUGCAUCAGCCUCACAAACCUGGCUGAACGCCAGCUGCAUACCAAGGAUGCGGAGACCAAUGUGGCCGUGGAUCUGCCCGCGCCCCAGAAACUGCUGGCCCGUCUCCUGGUGCUGAUGUCAUCUCCCUACAAGGGGGAGGGCCGCGGGAUCGCCAUGCUCAACCUCCUGAGGACCCUGAGCCUGAGCAUUGCGCCCUCCAUGGCUGACACGUGGGAGCUGGAGAUCCCAGUGCUGGUCAAGUACCUGGAAGAACACACCCAGUUUACUUGGAACCAGAAGGCCUGGGAGGACAUGCUAAUUCAGUUUCUGAGAAACUCCCUUAAGAGGACUCGAGAUUCCAAUUGGAGCUUGCGUCUGAGCAAGGAGCUGAACAACCAGAUCGAAAGCUUCGACAGCCCCUCCCUGGAGAAGGGCUUUCUGUAUCGGGCCCUGGGUUUCACACUGGCCAUGGGCCUGGAGGCUGACAAGGUGGAGAUGCUGCUGCUGGACCUGCUCUACAAGACAGACUAUGGCAAUGACUUCGACCGGGAGGGCGUGAUUCUGUGCUUCGGCCUGUGUGCCCGUGGCCAGGUGAGGACAGUGCUGAACGUGCUCCAUGACUUCGAGGAGAGGAUCCAGGAGUCGGAACAGUCCUGGCAGAUUGGCGCUUGGCGGAGGGACCACCCCUGGAGGCGGGAGACGGUGAAGGGCGCGCUCAUGGUGAUGUACAGCUGCGUGGCCUCCUACUGCCACCCCCAGAUGCUCCUCGCCCACGCGGACAACCCCAUCACCGCUAAGAUCAUUCACCACUACUCCAGCAGCUGCCAGGACAUCUGCCUCAAAAUGGCCUUCAUGAAGAGUGUGGCGCAGGUCACCAACGCCAUCAAGAACAUCAAAAAUCUGGAGGACUUUGAAUUUGCCCAAAAGAUGACCCUUACGGGCAUUAUACUAGCCACCAUCAAGGCGGAACCCACCGACAGCCUCGUUUCUCCUGUGCGGACCAUGGCGAUAGAGGCGCUCUUGCACCUGAGCAGUCUGAAGCCUUUUUACUCCACAGAGGAAAACAAUGAGCUGAUGGAUAUCAGUAUUCAUUCUGUCAUCUCUCUUCAACCCCCAACAGAGGACAAUGAGUCCAUGCAGACCCUGUAUGCAAAUGCACUUCAGGCCCUGGAGCACCUGAUGGAGGGCCUCAUGCAGAGGCAGCUGGACCCCAAGGGGCUGCAGGACAUGGUGCAUCUCCUGGAAAAGUGGAUCUUGUCGGAGAAAGAAGGGGAGCGGGAGAAGGCCAUGAACUUCUAUCUGCAUCUCAUGCACAUCUACGUGCAGAGCAUCGGUGUCUGUAUCCCCCUGAAGCUGGGGCAGUUGGGCACGCUGGUCGGACUCAUUGCCCCUUGCACCUGUGACUCACACACAAGAACCCGCAUGGCUUCCAUGGAAGUCCUGUCCAGCCUGCUGGACCUUCAUGCAAGCCAGACCUGCUCUUCAUGGGGCCCUUCGAAGGAACUAGAGCUUGCGAAAUGCAAGGAGGAUCUUCAGGACCUGGAUGUGGAGAAGAUUUUCAGCGCAUCUUCCAGAAUUGCCAAGGUGGUCUGUAUGCUGUUUAACUGUGAUGAGGUGGUCUCGCUCAUCCAGAAGCUCUGUGAGAACAUCGGGGCCACGGACCAGCGGCACGACAAGGCCUCCAUCACCUGGAUAGGCACCUUCCUCCAGACGCGGGCCAAGGAGCUGGAGGACAAGGUGGCUGAGAUCCUGGGCGCCAUCUUGGUCCACCUGCCCGUGGUGGACCACCUGGAGGUGCGGCGCCUCCUCAUCGAGGGGGUCCUCCUGCUGGCACACUACCACCAGGAGACGGUCCUCACAUCACUCCUGAGGCAGCCCCUGCCCAUGGAGAGCCACCUGACAGAGGUGUGGCUGGCAGUGGCGGAGAACGUGCCCUUUGCCCGGAUGAUGCUCCAUGGGCUGAUGGGCCGGCUGCAGUCAAGGUUCAGCCCCAGGGCCAAUGCCACCUCCAAAGCUGACAUCUGGCGCCUGGCCGCGGUGGACCCUCUGAUGACCCUGUGCACCAUGCACCUCCUCAUCCAGAAGAUGGGAAUUGACGACAAGCUCCUGGACCUCUUCCCGGACCUCGUCUACACCCUCCUGCUGCAGCUCAGCAGCAGUCAGGGGCCAGAGGCCGUGUCGCCUGUCCUGAAGACCUGGAGACUUGUCCACACAGGGACCCUGCCCGAGGAGAUCAACCUGCAGAGGAUCACGAUCAAGUCCAUGCAGCUUCUGUUCAGAAGGCUGAGCAGCGAGCAGCUGGUCCGCACCCUGGAAGAGCAGGGCGUGUGGGCCCUCCUGCAGGGUGGCCCCACCUUCCUGCAAGGAGUGGGCCUGCUGGCCAGGCUGUGCAUGUGGAACGUGGAGGGCUUCAGGCAGCGGCUGUCGGAGCUGGUGCUCAGAGGCAUGGCCUCGGAUGUCCUCAGCUGCCGCGUCAGCAGCACGGCCAUCUGCGUGGAACUCAUGAGUGACCCAGCGCUGUCCCAGGAGAAGCUGCUGAAGCCCACGGUGUUGAUGCUGGAGAAGGGCGUGGACCAGGAGGACGAGGCCUUGAGGGUGCUCUCCCUCCGUGCCCUGGGCAGCAUGGCUCUCGGUGCCCCCAAGAAGGUGAGGCAGUACCGGAAGCUGUUACUGGAGAAGUGCCUGGGCUCCCUGAGGGAGCCUGGGGGCAUCGGCGUGCCCUCCGAGGGCAUGGAGGCCCUGGCCAAGGUCCUGGCUGAGCUCCGGGAGCAAGACGUGGGGUCCUCGCUCAGCAUCAUCUCUGCGCAGUGCAGGGCCUUCUUUGACAAUGAAAGUGAGCUGCUGCGUUUAAAAGCCUUCGUCCUGUUCGGGGAGCUGGCCAAGGUGGGCAGGACCUCUAAGAAACACUUCAAGGAGGAGGUGAAGAAAGCUUGGGUCCCCCUCAUGCUGCACUGCCAGGACCCCUGCUCUGAUGCAGCCCAGGCCUGCAUGACCACCAUGUUUCAGUGUGUGCGCUUCUGGGGCUGGAAGUCCCUGGAAAACUGCCAGGCUGCAAGUGACACCAGUGCGGCCGAGGAGAUGACCGUUUUCCAGAUAACACUGUGUUCCAUCCUGACUCAGAAAAAGCCUGCUCUACUCUCUAGCUUCUUGCUAGAAGCAGUGACCUAUGUUAAUAGUAACUUGCCAAGGAUCAGAAUUGCUGCGUGCGACCUGGCAGGAAUUAUUAUGAAGCAUAUGUCUGUCCAUCAUCUGAAAAAACUGGACUUUCUGGCAUUACGGAAUUCCCUCCAGGAGCUGCAGCUGGACUCGGAUCCUGGGGUCCGGAGGGCAGCCCUGGAGACCUUCAGAGUCUUGGAUACUUGCUGGCGGCAGCAGCUUUUGGCUUUACCCGAAAGAACUUGUUAGGUGGCCAGGUGUCAAGCGCAGGCUGCCUCCUCAGAGCGCCGGACCUCGGCCGGACCACAGCGAUGCAAGACAACUUUUUAACUUAGUUUGUAAGAAAAGCAUCAUUCUGAAGUAAUGUGUCUGUUUCUUUCCUCUCCUUGAAAAUAAACCUCCGUUGCCACUUGGA